GACUCGCCAUGGACCCCGUUCAGCUGAUGAUGAUGAUGGUGAUGGUGAUGAUGAAGAUAUCUGACAGCAGCAGAUCAAUGGAGGUGUUUGGGGACCGAGCAGCUAGAAGCAAACGCUACGCCAUCAACCCUCUGGGACACAAGUGGACUCACCAUAACAUCACGUACAGUAUCAUCAAGUUCCCCAACACCCUGAAUGUGGAGGACACCAGGAAGGCCAUCGGCAUCGCCUUCACAAAGUGGAGUGACGUGUCUCCGCUGACCUUCACCGAGGUUACUGACCGCAACGCUACCGCUGACAUCACCAUCGGUUUCUACACCUUCAACCACACGGACUGCUGGUGGUCUCCUCUCCACCCGUGUUUCGAUGGGCUGAACGGCGAGCUGGCGCACGCAUUCCUGCCACCACGGGGAGAAAUUCACUUUGACAACCACGAGUUCUGGAUCCUCGGGAAGUCCCGCUUCAGCUGGAAACAAGGAGUCUGGCUGAACGACCUGGUCCAGGUGGCGGCACACGAGAUCGGCCACGCUCUGGGUUUGUGGCACUCCAGAGACCCUCAGGCUCUGAUGCAUCCCAACGCCACUUACACCGGACAGAGGAACAUCGCCCAGGACGACGUGUGGGGCAUCCAGAGACUCUACGGUUGUCUGGAUAAGAAGCGAGUCUGCGACCCGUGGGCUCGACUCGGCUUCUGCGAGCGAAGGAAGACGUUCAUGAAGAAGAACUGUCCUCAGCGCUGUGAUUUCUGCUACGAGCCUCUGGAGGUGGUCACUACAGCAACACCGCCGGCAGCCAACACGAAGAUCAAGAUGGUUCCUCGGGGGAAGGUGGUGGGUUUCCGCUGUGGGACCAAAAACACCCGCUCCCCCCCCAAAGUCAGCUGGUACAAAGAUGGCGAGCAGAUCCUCUCAUCCAUUCCAGGGUACAUCGUCAUGAAGGACCGAGACCUGCGCAUCGUCGCCAACGAGUUCAAUGAAGGCGUUUACACCUGCCGCGUCCAUCGCCGUGGCGACAUCGUCUCUGCAAACUCCUGGGCCAUCCGACUGAAGCCGGAGCAGGCAUCCAACAGCUGAAGACGACAGACAGGAAGUGACCCGACAGGAAGCUUGGCGUCUGUGGACUUUUUUCCUGACUUCAGGGGACUUUAAACAUUAAAGAACAACGAACCAUUGGCAGCUCUGUGAUGUCACGGCGCCCCGUCCUCAUGACUGCGAAUGACAUCACAAUGUGUAAAGUGGUGACUGAGCUGACUGGAUGGCGUUUUUGUGAUAAGCAGCCUGCUGCUCAUCGUACGUGAGAAUAUUUCUGUAGCCCGUAGGAACUGUGGCGUUUGACCCCGCCCACUUUAGUUGCAGCGGUUGAGUUAGUUACUUAGCAACGACCGUCAUGUAAUCCCUCUUUGCCCUUUGACCUUUGCUUAGACUUAUAUCCUGUCAGACACUGUUCCUCUGUCCUCCAUCAUGGGGAAGCUGUUUCAUGUCUUUGUGCACUUCCUGUUUCCCCCGCCCCGCCCCGCCCGUCCUCACCGCCACGGUUUGACUGCUGGUCUGAAGCAGAGCAGCUUUGCAUGAUUCACAGUUCAGACUAAUCCCGCCUCACAAACAGCACGGCAGCGCUCUGAAUGCGAGUGAUGGACGCUAUGACAGGUGUGAGUCCUUCACUCAGUAAACUGGUGGUGUCCUCUGUGUCCUUAAUGUGUGACAUUUGUUUGUUGUUUUGUUGACAAAGUACAGAAAUGAACAGAAACAUUUUAGUAAAUGUUCUCCUGCUGGACGCAGCUCGUACGUGGUACGAGUUCACAGAGGUCGAGGGUC